CUUGCCCUCAAACUCAAACUCAAAUUAUAUCAAUGAAUGAACCCUCUUUUGAUUUACAUAUGUCUUAUCACUGAUCUAUAUAAACUAUAACUUGGAAGAGCUUGCCAUUUUAUAUUUCCACAUUAUUUAAACUCAAGAUCGUUUUUUCUUUUCUUAGAGAGAGUAAGAUGGGAAAAUCAUUUAAUAUGGUGAAAAUAUUGGAGAAAAAAAAGGCCUAUAUAGUAAUGAUAUUAGUGCAGUUAGCAUAUGCAGGGAUGUCUCUCUUCUCUAAAACAUCAAUAAAUAAAGGAAUGAAUCCAUUUGUCUUUGUUGCCUAUCGCCAAGCAUUUGCUACUCUUGCUUUGCUCCCUUUUGCUCUAUUUCUCGACAGGAAAAAAGGACGUGAUUCAUUGACAUACAGCCUAUUAUGGAAAAUUUUUUUGGUUUCUUUAUUUGGGAUUACUCUUAGUCUGAAUCUCUACAUAUAUGCAAUAAACUACGUUUCAGCAACCUUUGCUUCCGCUAGCAACAACAGCAUUCCCGCCUUCACCUUCGCCAUCGCCGUUGGCCUUCGGAUUGAGAGGUUUUCCAUUAGGGAUUUGUCUGGAAUUGUGAAGCUUGUGGGGGCUGUGGUGAGUUUCUCAGGGGCAAUGGUGUUUGCCUUUGUGAAAGGGCCUCAAUUUAGUAUUUUGAAUUUGUGUGAAGCAACAAGAAGCAUGAGAAAUCCCAGUACAGAUUUUAGCAGCGAAGAGAAGUGGAUACAAGGUUGUUUGCUCAUGCUAUUGGCCAACAUUAUUUGGGCUUCAUGGCUUGUCAUGCAGGCCCCUCUAGUGAAGCAGUAUCCAGCAAAGUUUGGAUUGACAAUGCUACAAUGCUUAUUUAGCUGCCUACAAUCAACAGUUUGGGGCAUAGCCAUGCAAAGGGACAUUUCUUGGUGGAAAUUGACGUGGGAUUUCAAUCUCUUAUCUGUCGCAUAUUGCGGUGUAGUAGUAACUGGAAUAAGUUACUGGUUGUUUCUGUGGGCUGUGGAGAGCAAAGGUCCCCUUUUUACUGCCUCAUUCACUCCUUUGCAACUUAUUUUUACUGCUACCUUCUCCGCUUUUCUGUGGAACGAGAUGCUCCAUAUUGGAAGUAUAUGCGGCGGGAUGUUGCUUGUUGGGGGUUUGUAUUGUGUGCUGUGGGGAAAGAAAAGAGAAGAAGAAGUAGAAAAGGAAGCCGAUAAAGGCACAAUGGACGAAACUCAUGUGUAGUGCUGCAUUUUUUUUAUAUGGUUAAUUAACUAAUAAAUGCACUGUUAACGUUUAUAAUAAUAAAAAAAAUCAGUCUUUAAUGUUA